GUGCGGAGCCCGAUUGUCGCUCAGCUCCCGCGCCGGGGGCGAAGGAGGCGCCGGCGCCCCAAUCGAGUCCCCCCUCGCUCCCAUCCCCCUGGACCUAACAGGCCAGCCCUGGAUUCUCCGGGCAUUCCUGGAGCGAGUGGCUGCUGAAGGCGUAGAGGUGUGGGGACACUUGGACAGCAGAGUUCAGGUGGGCGGGAGCUCUGUCAGCUCUGGUGUGACCUUGGGCCGGGCUGGGAGCGCUGCGGCGGGAGCCAGAGGACGAUGAGCUGCCGCGCGGUGCCCAGAGCCCAGCCCUGCCUGGCGCGGCCCCGGAACUCUAGGCGGCACGGCGUGCCGGGAACUUUGGGCACCACCUCUGGGACCCCCUGCUGGCCAGCAGGCAGGAUGGUGCCUGCCUCGUGCCCCGUGGUGCCUGUCUGCUGAUGUGCCCAGCCUGUGCCGGCCAUGCCGCACUCCAUCUCGGCCUUCCAGGCCGCCUACAUCGGAAUCGAGGUGCUCAUUGCUCUUGUCUCCGUGCCCGGGAAUGUGCUGGUGAUCUGGGCAGUGAAGGUGAACCAGGCGUUGCGGGAUGCCACCUUCUGCUUCAUCGUGUCUCUGGCGGUGGCUGAUGUGGCAGUGGGUGCCUUGGUUAUCCCACUGGCCAUCCUCAUCAACAUUGGGCCACAGACUUACUUCCACACCUGCCUCAUGGUGGCCUGUCCUGUUCUCAUCCUCACCCAGAGUUCCAUUCUGGCUCUGCUGGCAAUUGCUGUGGACCGUUACCUCCGUGUCAAGAUCCCUCUCCGGUACAAGACGGUGGUGACCCCACGGAGGGCAGCAGUGGCCAUUGCUGGCUGCUGGCUUCUCUCCCUGGUGGUUGGCCUGACACCCUUGUUCGGCUGGAACAACCUGCAGGAGGUGGAGCGGGCCUGGGUGGCCAACGGCAGUGUGGGGGAGCCCGUGAUCAAGUGCGAGUUUGAGAAGGUCAUUAGCAUGGAGUACAUGGUCUACUUCAACUUCUUCGUCUGGGUGCUGCCUCCGCUGCUCCUCAUGGUCCUCAUCUACCUGGAGGUCUUCUACCUGAUCCGCAAGCAACUCAGCAAGAAAGUGUCAGCCUCCUCCGGCGACCCGCAGAAGUACUAUGGGAAGGAGCUGAAGAUCGCCAAGUCGCUGGCCCUCAUCCUCUUUCUCUUUGCCCUCAGCUGGCUGCCCCUGCACAUCCUGAACUGCAUCACCCUCUUCUGCCCCAGCUGCCACAAGCCCAGCAUCCUCAUCUACGUCGCCAUCUUCCUUACUCACGGCAACUCAGCCAUGAACCCCAUCGUCUAUGCCUUCCGCAUCCAGAAGUUCCGGGUCACCUUCCUGAAGAUCUGGAACGACCAUUUCCGCUGCCAGUCGGAGCCCCCCACUGACGAGGACCUCCCUGAAGACAAGGCUGAUGACUAGCUCUGCCUUCUGCUCCCACCAACCCAUACCCAAUGGGGUCCCACAGCCCUCACCUCCCCGCUGUCCCACUGGUCUUCCUGAGCCCUUCCCCAGCUGGGCUGUGGGCUGUGGCAGUGGGGAGGGUCUGAAGAGAUGCCCACGGAGCAGGGGGCCCCUCCACAGGGAGUUAGCCGCCCUGCACCGAGGGGUCCUGGCGGAGAUUUGGGAGGG